CGCUGUAUCCGUAUAUCACUCGCCAUGUCGACAGACCCACCGAGAACGUCGUCACGUCCACGGCAAAAGUCCCAGCGGGCACUCGAGCAUGAAGAUACCAAGCGCUACCUCGAGCAGCAGCUCGAUUCCCCCGCCAAGAUCCCAAGGCCACGGCCCAAGAGCAAGCCCAAACACCGGUCGUACUGUGUAUGCAAGCAGGAUACGUCAGGGCCGAUGAUAGAGUGCGAUGUCUGCAGCGACUGGUUCCAUUUUAAAUGCAUCAAUCUCGCAGAGGACGAUGCAGAGAAAAUCCACAAGUAUGUCUGUCCGUCAUGUACUCUCUCAAAUCCCGACCAGUACACCACGUAUUCCUACGAUAUAGCGUCUUUCCCGUCACCGUCUCCGCCGCCUGGGCUUGAACUUGGUCCUGCUGGUGCUGGUGUGCAGGAGAUAAUCAAGCCACGACCAAGCGAUGGAAAAGGCAAGAGCAAGCACGAGGAUCAGAAAAAGAAGAGUAUACUGGCAAAACGAAAAUCCAAGACCGAGACGAGUCGAGGCGGAGAGGAUGCCGAUGGAACUGGAGACGGAGAAGACGACGACGACGAUGGGGAUAAAGUCAUGGCAACCUCUUCGGCUCAUGACUCUGACUCGGCUUCCGUCUCAGCCUCGAGCUCAGACUCGAAUCCACGACACCCAGACUCGGACUCGGACGCAGCUUCGAACGCUUCAGGACCGUCCCGUAAACGCCCUCGUCCCCGACCUCGUGUGCCGUCCAAAUCAACAAACGUACAAAGAGGCGACGAAAAACCCUCUCUGCCCUCCAGCUCUUCCACUCAACCCAAACCAAAACCCAAACCAAAACCCAAGCCCAGAUCCAUCUCCCAAUCCCAUCCACAGCCCGAAACCAAACACGUCCAGGCCAAGACCCUCCCCCCAAUCCGACAGUACGUUCUAUCCAAACUAACACUUCUCUUCCACACCCUCUUCUCCUCCCCACCUUCCUCCCAUCCGUUCACUGAAGAAGAAUCCGCCCGUUAUGCCGCCGAUGUCGAGCGCGCCAUGUUCCAAGCGUUUAAAGAUAUCCACCCAUCUACCGCUUCCACUACCACCACCACUUUUUCCGCCACCGCCACCACCGGCGUCGGCGCUGCCGCCAAAGAAUCCGCUGGAACGCGGUACAAGACCCAGUUCAACCUCCUCACCAGCUCUCUCACCAAAAACAAACACCUCCUCCGCCCCUCCCUCCUUCAAUCCAUCCUCUCCCGCUCCCUCCCACCCACCGCCCUCGCCCUCCUCUCCGCAUCCGAUUUAGCAUCGGCAGCUCAGCUGGAAGAGAUGGAGCGGGCAAAGCAAGCGGUGUUAGAGUCGACGGUGAAGACGAGGGAAGAGCGAGAGAGGGAGAGGGAGAUGAUGAGUGGAGGAGGCGGCGGGGUGAGAGCGGGCAGGGAUGGGUUGGAGCAGUUGGAGGAUACGAGGGAGAAGGAGAUGUGGGAGGUUAGGAAAGAGGAGGAGCGGGAACGUAGCGAACAGCGUGAGCGCGAGCAUGAGCAAAGAGAGCGAAGAGAGAGUGAGGUGGAGCGUGAUAGUGUACAUCCAGACGACGGUUCAUUGAGCAAAGAUGUCAAAAGUAUUAAAGAUACAAUCAAACACGAGCCAAGUCGUUCACCCACCAUCCCAUCUACCGCCAUCCCACACCACCGCCGCACAUCUACAUCCACAUCCACACUUACACCUACAUCCACACCUUUCAAGACCGAGCCCGCCAAACCGGCGUUUGAGCUAACCUCUGCAUGGGGGGCGUCCAACCUUCAGGGUGGCGGGAAUGAUCAAGGUGGUGGUGGUGGUGGUGGUCGUUUGGAACGAAAGCCGAAAAAGUUGGAUUUGAGUGAUCAAGCUAUUGCUGGUAGUGUCGGCGAUGUUGGCGGUGUCGGGGGAGGUGCGGGGGAAGGGGAUUUGGAUUUGGAUUUGGAUCUGGGUUAUGGAUCGGGAGAGAUGGAUUUGGACGAGUUGGAUUAUACCGGUGAAGUCGACGCCGCUGCUGCUGCCGAUGGUGCAGGUGGUCACGGAGAUGGUGUUGAUCAAGAGGCAGAGAUCGAAAAUCGAGAAGAGGGGGAAGGACUAGGUGAGGAAGGAAAAGGAGAAAACCAGCAGAAGAAGAAAUGGGAAGAGUUGAUGGAACGGCCUAUUGAAUGGUCUGGUUGGAUCACAAACCCCGCCGUGCCAUCUUCUCUCCGGCCUCCCAUCGCCCUCCGUCUCCUCACCCCCCACCCCUCUUCUUCUUCUAAUUUCACACAAUCACACACCCAAAUACAUCCCCCAUGGACAGCCCUCUUGCCAAACUCGACGAUAGAGAUAACAGGGCGUGUACCCACCAAGGCAUCGGUACAGUAUCUGAGCGAUAUGAGAUUGAACCCCGGGAAAGAGUUGAUCUGCGUCUUGUUUACUUUUGGGAAACCUUAUGCUCAUGGCGAGGGUGACGGACAAGCAGAGGGAGAAAAAAGGGAAUGGGAACGAUUGGUGGGGUAUCAUGUUGAACGAGACCGACACGCAAUCUACCUCCCAUACGGCCCCAAAGGCCCCCCACCCCCACCACCAGCAUCAUUAUCCCCAUCUACAACAGAAGGAGUGCAGAAUACAUUUAAAGAACUGUAUCUCAUCCCCCUCCGACCGGGGGAUGCGUUACCGGAAUUCUGUGAAUUGGUUGACGGGCUGGAUGUGCUCAACGGUCGAUCAGCGGGAAACGAAGAUGGCACAGGCGGAGAUCUUGCCCGGGGAAAAGAAAAUGGGAAAGUGGGGAGUGUGUGGUUGGGCGUUUUUGUUGGGAGUAAGAGACGGAACGGGAGUGUCAGCACGAGUGCAAGUGCGAAUGGUAGUGCCAGUGCGCAACGGCAGAUACAAACACAGACACAGGUGCAAAAGGAGGGCCGACCGCAAGCUAGAAGCGAGAGCCAGAGUCAGACGCCCCCGCAUGACCCUCGUGGUCCUCGUAUCCCCCGUCCGGCCUUUAUCCCUCCUGCCCACGGUGCUUCGCCGUCCAUCUCUUCCUCCCGUCCAUCCGUCCACCCGUUAUCACCUGCAUCUGCACAAUCACAAUCAUCAGGACCGGGACAAGGGGUCAUUCAGAAUGAAAAGCUCCAGCAACUCAUGGCUAGUCUUAACCCGUCUUCUCUCGGCCUACCUGGACUACCUGGAUUGUCCGGGUUGCCCGGGUUGCCAAACUUGCCAGGAGUCCAUGGAGGGGCGCAAGUUGGUACACCCCCUUUCCCUCCUGGAGGAACUACCCCACUCGGAACUGGAACUGGUGUAUCCAAUUCUCCUCCUACUCUCCCCCGACCCCCGCAGCAUCUACAAACUAAUCACCUCAAUCAGCGUCUUCCACCUCCUCCACCUACACUUCCACCACCCCCAGGGGGCUACCGUCCCCCACCUUAUGGAUACAUACCGACGCCACCUCAAGGGCCGGCAAUGACGCAUGGGUAUGGGUCGCCGCCGUACCGGAGAGGAAGUGGAGGGGCGUAUGCUUAUCCACUAGGAUCAUCGGGUCCGCCGGGGCCGCGGGGACCACCGGGGCCGGGGCCCUUGCCUAGACCUCCACUCCCGCCUGGCGCUCAAGCAGCUCAGGGAGGUAGACCGCCGCAGGAAGAGAGACACCAUCCAAAUCAGAAUCGUCAGCAAGAGCAAGGACACAGGCAAGGUCAACGCCAAGGGCAAAGAUGGAGGAAUGAGAGAGGGAAUGGAAAUAACAAUGGAGGAUGGAAACGUCGGGGUCAUUGAGUAGAACUAAUAAUAUGACGAUAAGUGAUGUAUAAUAUAUUUCAUUAUGUGCAUAGGCAUAUAC